GAGUUCCUUUCUUAUUUUCAUCGAGGGAAAGCUUGAGUUCAUGACAAGUGCUGCGUCUACUCCUGGCGAAUUUCUAAAAGACGUUCGCCUUGGCUUCUUCCCUAGGCCCCCAGCCUCCCCAGGGAUGGCAGAAACUUCUGGGUUAAGGCUGAGCGAACCAUUGCCCACCGCCUCCACCAGCCCCCAGCAAAGGCACGCCGGCGGGGAGGCGCCCAGCCCCCCAGCAAACGCUCCGCGGCCUCCCCCGCAGACCACGAAGUGGGGGCCACUGGGGAGGGCCGAGCUGGGGGCAGAUCGCCACCCCGGCUCCCAGCGAGCUGCCGGCGACCUUCGCGGUCCUCUUGUCCAGGCCCCGGCUUCCCGGGCGAGGAGUGGGAGGCAGGUCGGGGCUUAGGCGCCGCUGCGAACCCGCCAGCUCAGCGCCGGGCCCCGAACCCCAGGCCCCGCCCCAGGUUCCCGGCCGUUUGGCUAGUUUGUUUGUCUUAAUUUUAAUUUCUCCGAGGCCAGCCAGAGCAGGUUUGUUGGCAGCAGUACCCCUCCAGCAGUCACGCGACCAGCCAAUCUCCCGGCGGCGCGCUCGGGAACGCAGGGAGGCGGCGGAACCGCGCCGGGGCCACCUUAAGGCCGCGCUCGCCAGCCUCGGCGGGGCGGCUCCCGGCGCCGCAACCAAUGGAUCUCCUCCUCUGUUUAAAUAGACUCGCCGUGUCAAUCAUUUUCUUCUUCGUCAGCCUCCCUUCCACCGCCAUAUUGGGCCACUAAAAAAAGGGGGCUCGUCUUUUCGGGGUGUUUUUCUCCCCCUCCCCUGUCCCCGCUUGCUCACGGCUCUGCGACUCCGACGCCGGCAAGGUUUGGAGAGCGGCUGGGUUCGCGGGACCCGCGGGCUUGCACCCGCCCGGACUCGGACGGGCUUUGCCACCCUCUCUGCUUGCCUGGUCCCCUCCCCUCCCCGCCCUCCCGCUCGCCAGUCCAUUUGAUCAGCGGAGACUCUCGGCGGCCGGGCCGGGGCUUCCCCGCAGCCCCUGCGCGCUCUUAGAGCUCAGGCCGUGGCUCGUCCGGGUCUGUGUCUUUUGGCUCCGAGGGCAGUCACUGGGCUUCCGAGAGGGGUUCGGGCUGCGUAGGGGCGUUUUGUUUUGUUCGGUUUUGUUUUGUUUUUUUGAGAGUGCGAGAGAGGCGGUCGUGCAGACCCGGGAGAAAGAUGUCAAACGUGCGAGUGUCUAACGGGAGCCCUAGCUUGGAGCGGAGGGACGCCAGGCAGGCGGAGCACCCCAAGCCCUCGGCCUGCAGGAACCUCUUCGGCCCGGUGGACCACGAAGAGUUAACCCGGGACUUGGAGAAGCACUGCAGAGACAUGGAAGAGGCGAGCCAGCGCAAGUGGAAUUUCGAUUUUCAGAAUCACAAACCCCUAGAGGGCAAGUACGAGUGGCAAGAGGUGGAGAAGGGCAGCUUGCCCGAGUUCUACUACAGACCCCCGCGGCUCCCCAAAGGCGCCUGCAAGGUGCCGGCGCAGGAGAGCCAGGAUGUCAGCGGGAGCCGCCCGGCGGCGCCUUUAAUUGGGGCUCCGGCUAACUCUGAGGACACGCAUUUGGUAGACCCAAAGACUGAUCCGUCGGACAGCCAGACGGGGUUAGCGGAGCAGUGCGCAGGAAUAAGGAAGCGACCUGCAACCGACGAUUCUUCUACUCAAAAUAAAAGAGCCAACAGAACAGAAGAAAAUGUUUCAGACGGUUCCCCAAAUGCCGGUUCUGUGGAGCAGACGCCCAAGAAGCCUGGCCUCAGAAGACGUCAAACGUAAACAGCUCG